CUAAAAUAAGAAGGAAAACAAAUGAUACAAAAAGAAAAAUCAAGAGCCGAAGUGGAAAUAAUCGAACUUGACGGGUGAAAAAUGAACUUCCAUCAUUUUCUUUAAUUUCUUUCCUUUCUUACACAGUUCAUCACUAUCCUUCCACCGUUUGGUGCAAAAUACGAACUCCCCUUGCUUUCGUGAACAAACUUGACCGAAGUAGAAGAAACGGAAGAUUAGGAACGCUCGCUUUCGUAUUCUUUUCUCUGGCUCUAUUGGGUUUAUUUCUGGCUGAAAGAAAUUGAUCGCCACGUUUGGAUGGAACUGGAAAAUGUUUUAACACAACCCUCUGUUUGGUUGCUGAGAUGAAAGUGUGUGGGGGAAGGGAGGGAAGGGGUGGGAGACCAUAUUGGAGUUUGUAUUGUGUCCUCUUGCUGAUUUUUCUCGCACAACGUUGUUAAAACUCACCUCAGCUGGGAUUCGAAUGGUUGUGUUGCAUUGCUCUGUAGCCCUUUUAGCCGAACACACGGAUGGGUGAUUCUUCAAAUCAGGAUUUGAUAAGCGAUCUGCCUCAAAGCAUUAUAGAGAGCAUUCUCACACGGUUACCAUUAAGAGAUGCAGUAAGAACAAGUUUGUUAUCUAGUAAGUGGAGGUACAGAUGGGCUACACUCACUCAUCUUGUAUUUGAUGAAGACUGUGUUACUUUAUCCAAUGACCGAGCUCUUUUUGAGGAUAAGCUUAUAAACUUUAUUACUCGGGCUCUAUUUCUUCACCAAGGACCAAUUCACAAGUUCCAGCUUUGUACUUCAUACUUGCAAAGUUGCCCAGAGAUAGAUCAAUGGAUACUUUUCCUUUCAAGGAAAGAUAUCAAGGAAUUGGUCAUUGAAUUAGGAGAAAGUGAGUGGAUCAGGGCACCUUCAUGUCUUUUCAAAUGUAAAAAAUUAAUUCGUCUGGAGCUGUUUCGUUGUGAACUGGACCCGCCUCCUACUUUUAAAGGAUUUUUGUGUUUGAAGAACCUUAAUCUUUACCAAGUUUUUGUUGCCUCUGAUGCAAUUGAAAGUCUUAUUUCGAGUUGCCCUCUUCUUGAGAGUCUAUCACUCUCUUACUCGGAUAGUUUAACUCUAAAUAUUUAUGCUCCAAAUCUCAAGUACCUGUGCCUUGAAGGUGAAUUCAAAGACAUAUGUCUUCAAAAUACACCUCUUCUUAUUGUAAUGUCUGUUGCUAUGUAUAUGACCGAGGACAUUGCCGAACACAUGCAGCAAAGUUCAAGUUGCAAUUUUAUCAAGCUGCUUGGCAGUGUACCUUAUCUUGAAAGGCUCAUUGGACGUAUCUACUUCACAAAGUACUUAAGUAUAGGUGAUGAUCGAGGAAGAUAUCCAGUUACAUAUAGCCAUUUGAAGAUUAUCGAAUUAUAUCAAGUAAGUUUUGAAGAUAUGAAAGAGAUACUUGUUGUUCUCCACUUGAUUACGAACUCUCCUAAUUUGGUGGAACUUCAAAUCUCGGGUUCCUCAAACACACUAACUGCCAUGGAAGCAACUGAUUUGGAUUUUUGGGAUAAAGAAUGCCCUUCACCUUGCUUAUUUGACAGACUUAAAGUUGUGAAGAUGACAGAGAUGUCAGGGGUACCACAUGAAAUGGAAUUUAUCAAGUUUUUGCUUGAAAGUUCUCCAGUGCUCGAGGUAAUGAGUAUCAUGCCUUGUCCAUCUGUUAUGGACGGAAGAUUGAAUAUGUUGAUUGAGUUGGUGAGGUUUCGCCGGGCUUCUGCUCGAGCAGAAAUUGUAUUCAUCCAAUGCUAAACAUUUUGCAUGUCAUGUAAAGUUUCUUUCAUUUUCUCAUUUACCUGCUGUUUCAUACCUUUUGCCAGAGUUUGAUUCCUACUGCAUUAUUUAAAACCUUAAUGUGAAAUAAUAGUGCAUAAAUGUUGCUGUUGAA